CCCCACAACACAGCUCUUUAUGGUAAUUGAAACACUUGGAAGCUCAAGGUUUUGAGAGAGAGAGAGAGAGAGUUGAUAUAUAUCAUAUCUUCCAUUGUAUAUCGGCUUCCUAGUGAUCUAUGAAGAUGGAUUACCAGUAUAUAAUGGAGGGAAUCAUGGCUUUUGUCUUGGGGUUUGUUCUGUUUUACUUUUCUAGAACAAAGAAGAAGGCCAUAUCUUCAGUUUCAUUUGAUAUUGGCAAAGAGAAAAUGUUGAUCAAGGAAGCUGAAAAUGGAAUAUGCAACUCGGAGAAUGGAGGAGGCGCGGAUAUAGUCAUCGUUGGCGCUGGCGUUGCUGGUUCAGCUCUUGCUUAUACUCUUGCCAAGGAAGGACGCCGCGUUCAUGUGAUCGAGAGAGACUUGAAUGAGCCUGACAGAAUUGUUGGUGAGCUGCUACAACCUGGCGGAUAUCUCAAGUUACUGGAACUGGGUCUUGAAGAUUGUGUGAGUGAGAUUGAUGCUCAGCAUGUGUUCGGAUAUGCUUUGUACAAGGAUGGGAAGAGUAGUAAGCUAUCAUAUCCCCUGCAAAGUUUCAGUUCAGAUGUGGCUGGAAGAAGCUUUCACAAUGGCCGUUUCAUUCAACGGAUGCGAGAAAAGGCUGCUUCUUUGCCAAAUGUGAGAUUAGAACAAGGCACAGUGACAUCUCUGAUUGAAGAGAAAGGAACUAUUAAAGGAGUGCAAUACAAAACCAAGACUGGACAGUCUCUGACAGCACAAGCUCCACUUACCAUUGUAUGUGAUGGCGGUUUCUCAAACUUGCGACGCUCUCUCUGCGAACCUAAGGUCGAUGUCCCUUCUUGUUUUGUCGGUUUGAUCUUGGAGAACUGUAAUCUUCCAUAUGCUAAUCAUGGACAUGUAAUUCUCGCGAACCCUGCACCCAUCUUGUUCUACCCUAUAAGCAGCACUGAAGUUCGCUGUUUGGUCGAUGUACCUGGCCAGAAAGUACCUUCAGUUUCUAAUGGCGAAAUGGCGCAUUAUCUGAAAUCUGUUAUUGCUCCCCAGGUUCCACCUGAAGUUCAUGGUGCAUUUGUGUCUGCAAUUGAGAAAGGAAACAUAAGAUCAAUGACAAAUAGGAGCAUGCCUGCCUCUCCUUGUCCAACUCCAGGUGCACUUCUCUUGGGAGAUUCAUUCAAUAUGCGUCAUCCCCUAACAGGAGGUGGUAUGACUGUGGCGCUUUCAGAUGUUGUCGUACUUAGGGAUCUCCUCAGACCUCUACAUGACUUCAAAGAUGCAGCUACACUCUGCAAGUAUCUCGAAUCCUUUUACACGCUACGUAAGCCUGUUGCAUCAACAAUAAACACACUAGCAGGUGCUUUGUACAAGGUCUUCAGUGCAUCACCUGAUCCAGCAAGAAACGAAAUGCGACAAGCUUGUUUCGACUACUUGAGCCUAGGAGGUGUUUUCUCUGAUGGACCAAUAUCUCUACUUUCUGGUCUAAGCCCGCGUCCGCUGAGCCUAGUCCUCCAUUUCUUUGCUGUGGCAAUCUAUGGAGUCGGGCGCUUGCUCCUCCCAUUCCCUUCACCAAAACGCUUGUGGAUCGGUGCUAGAUUGAUCUCGGGUGCAUCAGGGAUCAUUUUUCCUAUAAUAAAAGCCGAAGGAGUUCGACAAAUGUUCUUCCCUGCAACAGUUCCUGCAUAUUACAGAGCUCCCGCGCGCUGCUAAUUGAAAAUAAGGAACAAGAAAAUUCAGCAGAAGGAGCUGUGUUGCAUUUAUGUAUACAUCUAAGUACACCAUUUCAUUGUACUACUGAUCAUAUAAUUGAUUCUUUUGUUCAGAUUGCUUUAAAAAAGAGCAGAAAAUGUACACUGUAUAUCAGUUUAUCAGAUAUAGAAAGAUACUUCAAUUUUGAAAAAUAGAUUUCUCCUCUUGAAGUUGUAAUACUUCCCUUAAUAGACAAUUUAUACACCAUUGAUUUUAGAA